AGUAAAUACACAAUGACUAAUUGAGCAUGAAUUCAGUAUUCCCCAACUUCUACUCCACAGAGUGAAUACAGAUAUCUCUGGAGCUCCACAGGAGACACCAGCCCUUCCAGAAUGGAUGGCAAGCAACAGCAGCAUGCUGUGGAUACCGAGCAAAACCCGACUGAGUUGCUACCCAGAAAUCCCUACGGUUCAAACGGAGGAACACACUGUGGUUGUAGAUUGCCUGUUGUGACCUUACAGCCGCAGUGGGCGACGGCAAAGCCGUGGUCACCCUGGAAAACGUUUCUGCUGUGUCUACUGGCCUGUCUCAUUGCCACAGCCCUUGUUGUUCUGCUCUUCUAUUUUGUCCACUUGGGCAAGCCCGCCGCCGGCACCACCAUCGUCAUUCAUGCCGACGGCAAGUCCUGUCAUGUCACCUGCAUUCCUGGUGCUGCCCCAUCUCCAGGCCCAUCCUCCCUGCCUGUAUCUCAGAGCACUCUGCCUCCUACCCCAGGGACCAACCACAGCUCCUCUACCCCGGGGCUCCCAACUCCUACGGAGACGACUAUGAGCUCAACGUUGGUCCACGAAGUUGAAAUUGAAGAUGAAGAAUGACAUUUGGAGGGGUCUUUAGCCCUCCUCAAACCAGAUCCACCCACUGAUCCUGAAUGAGGCAUGUCCAAGGUAUUCAUUCUCCCCUGCAGCCGAGAGGUUCCGAAACAUUUAGCUUUAUGAGACUUGCCCUCUUGCUCAGUCAUUUGCUGUGUCCCAUGAAAAUGACGCCAGUGUUCUCAGUCGAGGACCCUCCAGUCUUCAAAUGAUUGGAAAAGAAAAAAUUUAACUGAGCUCAGUUGAUUCAUCCUGGCUAGGCCCCAGAGUUUCUUUUCAUCCUGUACACCCUAUCUUAAUUUCAUUAAUGGGGAUUUCAAUUGCUGGAGAAGCUGCCUGCCUCCUGUAUGUUUGCUCUCAAGCCAGUAUUUACCAUCCAGUUGUUGAUUAUUUCCCAAUCUCAUAUACUUGACUUUUCUCGGUAUUUGUCAGAGAAGGCAGUGGCACCCCACUCCAGUACUCUUGCCUGGAAAAUCCCAUGGACGCAGGAGCCUGAUAGGCUGCAGUCCAUGGGGUCGCUAAGAGUCAGACACGACUGAGCCA